AUGGGCCUCUUGAGCAUCUUGAAGAAGAUGAAGAAGGAUGAGAAGGAGUUACGCAUCUUGAUGCUGGGCCUGGACAACGCGGGCAAAACCACCAUCUUGAAGACCUUGUCGCACGAAGAUAUCAGCCACAUCAUGCCCACCCAGGGCUUCAACAUCAAGAGCCUGGUGCAAGACCAUUUCAAGCUGAAUGUCUGGGACAUUGGUGGCCAGAAGACUAUUCGCCCGUACUGGAGCAACUACUUCGAGUCCUCAGAUGCGCUGAUCUACGUGAUUGACAGUUCCGACAGGAGACGGCUUGAAGAGAGCGGACAGGAGCUGCGCGAGCUUCUUGCUGAAGACAAGCUUGGAGGAAUUCCCUUGCUGGUGUUUGCCAACAAGCAGGAUCUUCUUCAGGCGACUCCAGCUGAUGAGAUCGCAGCGGCGCUGGAGUUGGCAACCAUCUCCGAUCGUACUUGGACGAUCCAGGCAUGCAGUGCAAAGGAUGGAACGGGGUUGGAUGACGGCAUGCAGUGGCUGAUCGGCAGCAUCAAUGACAAGGCGGCCUGA